UCCCCGGUCAGGGCCCUGCUUGGUGUUGGCGGGCUCCCAGGCUGCGAGGACGUUCUAGUCAGGCAGGCUCUGUCGAACACGGGCAGGGAGGGGGCACCCAGGAGGCCCCGGAGCCCACAAUUCUAGGUCACCUCCUGCAACAUCCAGAGGCAGGAGUGGUAUUUAUAGCAGCCAGCGGCCACCACGGGUGGGGAAGUCAGCAGGAGCUGUGAUGCAGGCCACCCCCCUUCAGGUCCCCUGGCUCCCGCUGACUCCCUCACCGCCACCCUCCCGCUCCAGAGCCUUUCUGGGACAAGCAGUGAAGUCCGGGCCUGCUGAGAGAGCAGGCAUUGUCACACUGCCUCCCCAAGCCCUGGAGGAGCUGAGGUGCCACUUUCUGCCUGGCAGGAACCUCGGCCUCUGCCGAUCUGGCCAGGACCUCGUCCGUCUCCACCGCCCCAGGUGGGCAUCCUGUUAGCACUCCGUGCCUGGCCCUGCCGGUCUCUCUCGGUGCUGUUAGCUCUUCUUUGAGAGGUUCAUUCUAGGAGUCGCCAGCAGCUUUGCAGACCUUCCUGGGGCCAGCAGGGGGCAGCGAAAGGCCGGCCUCGUUUCCCCUGGUGGCAGGCAGUUAAUGGGGGGCCGUGGGCACCUGCCCCAGGGUGACUGGGAAGAGGCCCCCGACCACAUGCCUGUUACUUCCUCCCUGCUGUGUCCUCAGUAAGUGGGCUAGAAGGACGGCAGCCGUGGUCACCAGGGCCACACCCAGGGAGCAGGCAGAGAAGCAGAGGUCACAGAAGUGACAGUGUGACGCGGCUAGGGCCUCACGCCCCGGAGGGUGAGCCCUCUGGGAAAGAAAGUGACACCAGACUCUCGAGUCCAAAAUCCAGCCAGGAUUCUCUUCCUAUGCAGACAAAAGCGGGUCCUUGGGUCCCGCCCAGGCAUGAGCAGGCGGAGGAAGGCUGACGCUUUUCAGCUGCCCGAUGCGGUUACCCCCAUGGUGGAGGCCUGGGCUCCCCUCCCGGGCUCGCCCCAUUUCCAGACUGUUGCCCAGGGCCUCCAGGCCCCACCCCCUAGGCCAGGAGAGAAGCAGGGGGGAGGCCGAGCUUUCUCCCCGGGAGCACCUGCGUGGGGGUGGUGCCUCAGACACACCAGGAGGCUGCAGGAACUCAGGCCGUGGCUCUCCUGGCCAGUCCUGGGCUGAUCAUGCAGGACGGGGCUUAAGGCCAACUGGGGACGGGCCCUGAGCCUCACCAGGGAGGGGCCUCUGAAGUGAGAGGGCCAUCUGGAGAGGAGGAAACCCCUGCACUCGCUCAGUUCUGAGCAGACAGGAGAUACAGUCGGGAGCAGGAAAUAGGCUUGUCCGAUGGGCAGGGACGGAAGGGGCGGCGGUCGGUGGCGAGCUUUAUAGCCAGUGGUUGGCAGUUUUAAUCGUAUUUAAAGGGCAUUUCGGAGCCAUGAUAGGCUUUUGAGGAGGGGGUUGAUUUAAUUAAAACCAUAAACUGUGUGUACGUGUAGCUGAUGCUACCGAGCACCCGCUCUGCGCUGGCCCCUGCUCUCCGCACUUUACAGCUUUGAACUCACUUUGUCCUCACAGCAGCCCCACGAGGGAGGCUCUGUCAUCACCAUCCCGGUUUACAAAUGCGGUCGGUUCUGUAGUUGAUUGGUCCUGGGAAGUGGGCACUGUGCUCAGUGGACCUCCGAGUGAAUAGAGACACCAGGACAAGAGCAGGUCUAGGACCUUCUGAGCCCCCACCCCCUCUUGGAGGCUUAUGGCAACUUGCGCUUGGGUGCCCAGCUUUGGGCUCCUGCCUGGGGCCCCAGGGCUCUUUCCUUGGCCCUUCUGAAGCAAAACCACGUAGAAUUCUAAAAGUCAAGGCCAGAGUGGACCUGAGAGGUCAUCCUGUUCAGUGCCUCUCAAAUGUUUUUAAGACUGUUUAGUUCAAAGAAGAUGUCACAAGGAAACCCAGUAUGUAGAACAGCUAAAAUCCGCUCUGACGACAUAGCCUACAAGCCCCAGGAAGCCCUUGCCCUGCCUGCUGUGACCACUUCCCCUUGUCUGGGGGUCCCUGAGGGUUUCCGGAACCCCGCUUCAAAGAGUGUUGAUAUCCCUUCACGGGACACGGGAGAGGAGGGCCACAUGGGGUGCGGCCCGGGCAGGGCGUGUGUGCCCUUGAAAGCAGAGCGUGCUGCCCCCAUCCAUGUCCCACGGGGGGCAGGGGAUGUUGGCACUCGCUGUUACAUACGGGAACUCUGCAGACCUCCUCCCCUGGGAAAGCGCUCGUGUUACAUUGUCACUCGAUGCCCGCCUGCUUCCUUGAUGCCCAGGGAAUGGUAGAAGUGAAACCCGAUCGCCAGGCGGCUGGCCUGUGCCCUAGAUGGCUGGGCUGCCCACAGAGGUGGCCACUUCUUGGAUCCUUGGCCCGUGCAGACUGUGGAAGGCGUUUUCCCCAACGUGGGCCAGACCCCGAGACCCAGCCCACAGCCUGAGGAGGUGUGACAGAACCAUGCUGGUGCACGGAGGUGAGCACCAGGCCCGCUGAGCCUCCGCAGAGCCGCCAGCCAUGCCCGGGAUCGUGGUGUUCCGGCGGCGCUGGUCUGUGGGCAGUGAUGACCUCGUCCUGCCGGCCAUCUUCCUCUUCCUCCUGCACACCACCUGGUUUGUGAUCCUGUCUGUGGUGCUCUUCGGCUUGGUCUACAACCCCAACGAGGCCUGCUCCCUGAACCUGGUGGACCACGGCCGCGGCUACCUAGGCAUCCUGCUGAGCUGCAUGAUCGCCGAGAUGGCCAUCAUCUGGCUGAGCAUGCGCGGGGGCAUCCUCUACACAGAGCCCCGCGAAUCCAUGCAGUACGUGCUCUACGUGCGCCUGGCCAUCCUGGUGAUCGAGUUCAUCUAUGCCAUCGUGGGCAUCGUCUGGCUCACUCAGUACUACACCUCCUGCAACGACCUCACUGCCAAGAACGUCACCCUCGGGAUGGUCGUCUGCAACUGGGUGGUCAUCCUCAGCGUCUGCAUCACCGUCCUCUGUGUCUUCGACCCCACGGGCCGCACCUUUGUCAAGCUAAGAGCCACCAAGAGGCGGCAGCGCAACCUCCGGACCUACAACCUCCGGCACCGCUUAGAGGAGGGUCAGGCCACCAGCUGGUCGCGCCGGCUCAAAGUGUUCCUCUGCUGCACUCGGACGAAGGACUCCCAGUCAGAUGCCUACUCGGAAAUCGCCUACCUCUUCGCCGAGUUUUUCCGAGACCUCGACAUCGUGCCGUCCGACAUCAUUGCGGGCCUGGUGCUGCUCCGGCAGCGGCAGCGGGCCAAGCGCAACGCGGUGCUGGACGAGGCGAACAAUGACAUUUUGGCCUUCCUGUCUGGGAUGCCAGUGACCAGAAACACCAAGUAUCUCGACCUCAAGAACUCGCAAGAGAUGCUCCGCUACAAAGAGGUCUGCUACUACAUGCUAUUCGCUCUGGCCGCCUACGGGUGGCCCAUGUACCUGAUGCGGAAGCCUGCCUGUGGCCUCUGCCAGCUGGCUCGGUCCUGCUCGUGCUGCCUGUGCCCUGCGCGGCCCCGCUUCGCCCCGGGAGUCACCAUCGAGGAAGACAACUGCUGUGGCUGCAACGCCAUUGCCAUCCGGCGCCACUUCCUGGACGAGAACAUGACCGCGGUGGAUAUCGUGUACACCUCCUGCCACGAUGCGGUCUAUGAGACCCCCUUCUACGUGGCAGUGGACCAUGACAAGAAGAAGGUGGUGAUCAGUAUCCGGGGAACCCUUUCCCCUAAGGAUGCGCUGACAGACCUCACUGGUGACGCUGAGCGCCUCCCUGUGGAGGGGCACCACGGCACCUGGCUGGGACACAAGGGAAUGGUCCUGUCGGCCGAGUAUAUCAAGAAGAAGCUGGAGCAGGAGAUGGUCCUGUCCCAGGCCUUUGGGCGAGACCUGGGCCGCGGAACCAAACACUACGGCCUGAUUGUGGUGGGCCACUCCCUGGGUGCAGGCACGGCUGCCAUCCUCUCCUUCCUUCUGCGCCCCCAGUACCCUACCCUCAAGUGCUUUGCCUACUCCCCACCAGGGGGCCUGCUGAGCGAGGACGCCAUGGAAUACUCCAAGGAAUUUGUGACAGCUGUGGUUCUGGGCAAAGACCUCGUCCCCAGGAUCGGCCUCUCCCAGCUGGAAGGCUUCCGCAGACAGCUCCUGGAUGUCCUGCAGCGAAGCACGAAGCCUAAAUGGCGAAUUAUCGUGGGGGCCACCAAAUGUAUCCCCAAGUCGGAGCUGCCUGAGGAGGUGGAGGUGGCCACGCUGGCCAGCACGCGGCUCUGGACCCACCCCAGCGACCUGACCAUCGCCCUGUCAGCCAGCACCCCUCUCUACCCACCUGGCCGCAUCAUCCACGUGGUCCACAACCACCCAGCAGAGCAGUGCUGCUGCUGUGAGCAGGAGGAGCCCACAUACUUUGCCAUCUGGGGCGACAACAAGGCCUUCAACGAGGUGAUCAUCUCGCCGGCCAUGCUGCAUGAGCACCUCCCCUAUGUGGUCAUGGAGGGGCUCAACAAGGUGCUGGAGAACUACAACAAGGGAAAGACGGCCCUGCUCUCUGCUGCUAAGGUCAUGGUGAGCCCCACUGAGGUGGACCUGACUCCCGAGCUGAUCUUCCAGCAGCAGCCGCUGCCCACAGGGCCACCCGUGCCCGCCGGCCUCGCCCUAGAGCUGCCCACCGCAGACCACCGAAAUAGCAGCGUCAGGAGCAAGUCCCAGUCCGAGGUGAGCCUGGAGGGCUUCUCCGAGGGGCGGCUGCUGUCCCCGGUGGCCGCGGCCGCAGCGGCCCGCCAGGACCCCGUGGAGCUGCUGCUGCUGUCCACCCAGGAGCGGCUGGCGGCGGAGCUGCAGGCACGGCGGGCGCCGCUGGCCACCAUGGAGAGCCUGUCAGACACCGAGUCCCUGUACAGCUUCGACUCGCGCCGUUCGUCAGGCUUCCGCAGCAUCCGCGGCUCACCCAGCCUCCACGCCGUGCUGGAGCGCGACGAGGGCCACCUCUUCUACAUCGACCCCGCCAUCCCGGAGGAGAACCCGUCCCUGAGCUCGCGCACCGAGCUGCUGGCGGCCGACAGCCUGUCCAAGCACUCCCAGGACACGCAGCCCCUGGAGGCGGCCCUGGGCAGCGGGGGCGUCACCCCGGAGCGGCCCCCCAGCGCGGCGGCCAACGAGGAGGAGGAGGGGGGCGGCGGCGGCGACGGCGGCGGGGUGGCCCCGGGGGCCGAGCUCGCGCUGCACAAUGGGCGCCUGGGGGACUCGCCCAGCCCUCAGGUGCUGGAGUUCGCCGAGUUCAUCGACAGCCUCUUCAACCUGGACAGUAAGAGCAGCUCCUUCCAGGACCUCUACUGCAUGGUGGUGCCCGAGAGCCCCACCAGCGACUACGCCGAGGGCCCCAAGUCCCCCAGCCAGCAGGAGAUCCUGCUCCGCGCCCAGUUCGAGCCCAACCUGGUGCCCAAGCCCCCGAGGCUGUUUGCCGGCUCGGCCGACCCCUCCUCGGGCAUCUCACUCUCGCCCUCUUUCCCGCUCAGCUCCUCGGGGGAGCCCAUGGACCUGUCGCCCACGGGUCUCAGCAGCCAGGAGUGCCUGGCAGUGGACAAGAUCCGGACUUCUACCCCCACCGGCCGAGGGGCCAGCCCCGCCAAGCAGGACGACCUGGUCAUCUCGGCUCGCUAGCACCCCAGGCGUGGCUGCCGGCUGAGGCCCAGGCCAGAGUAGGUGGCCCCCCGGGCUCCUGGUGGCUGCCCCCAGGGCCAGGCCGCUUUGAGGAGAGGCCCCCAGGGGCCGGUUUAGCCUCAGGCACGGGGCACUGCUGCUGAGCUGGGGGUCCACGUCCCUACCUCAGCUUAGGACCACCAGGCGGCUGGGAUCUGGGUCCUCCAGAUUGGGGAGGGGUGUGAUGCAGGGGGGAGCCUGGGGCAGCCGGCCCGGUGGGCAGGGCAGCGCUCUGCCCUCUCGGCCUGCCUGUCCCCCACAGGGCAUCCCGGCACCCCCUAUUCCAGGACCGGCAGUGGGCAUGCUGACUCCCCAUCACUGCCCUCUGGCUGCUCUCCCAGGGCCCAGAUGGAGAGCAGCCCUCUCCCCACAUAUUCACGUGUGUGGUCCAGGCUGGCAUCUGCCCUGGCCACCCCCCAGAUCUGGUGCCUGCUGGCCAGCCCCCUGGGGUGACCCCACACCAAGGUGGCCCGCAGUGCUGUGUAUGUUUACAGAAGCCGCUGGGCUGGGCUCGGGAUGUUUCCUGGGCUUGCAAGCCCCCCUCUCCCCCGUCGUGUGUUCUGAGCAGGGAAAGGAGGAAGGCCAGGCUCCGCAGAGCCCAAGGCAGCCAUGGAGCCUGGAGGGGCCUGGAGAGGCCUGGAGGAGGGUGGGAUCAAGACUGCCGCUUCUCUGCUCCGUGCCCCUCAUGCCGAUCCCUCUGGCAGUGGGUCCUGGGCACCCUGGCCUGCCCUGUCUGCCCAUUAGUUCCUGGCUUGCCUUCUACCCCCAGGGAUCCUGGCCACUCAAAGGGUGGAGGGCACAGGUGUGACCACCCCUGGCUGCAGAGUCAGUGCCCUGGGAAGAAGGAGGGCACCCAAAUCCCCCUUCCUUUGAGGGCUCCGUGUAGCCCCUUUAUAUCACCUCGCCCCCACGCCUAGGCAGCCUCGGGCCCUGGGAUCUGAAACCAGACAUGCCUCCACCCACCCACCCCCCCAGCCCCCCUCUUCACUGGCCUGAGCUCCUUCCUGGCAGCGGGGUUUUCUUCCCUACUCCCUGCCCCACCCCCCCCCCCCCCAUCAAUGUUCUGUCGGCAGGAAGCAAGGCCAAGAGCAGGGUAUUGUGGGACCCGACUAAAGGAGGUGCAGGAGGGCCAGGGGCUCUGGGGCUGUCCUGGGUUACUGGAGGCCUCCCCAGCCCACACCUGAGGGGGGUUCCUUCCCUGCUGGGUUGGGGAACCACAGGGAGGUGGAGGCCGGCCUUUCCCCAGAAGCCCAGUGGGGGAAGGUCCGAGCUGGCGUGGCGCGUGUGUGCAUGUGCAUGAAGUGUGUGGCGCUCCUGAGGAAGGGGCUGCUGGGUCCCCCGCCCCACCCUACCUGCCCUGCCACUUUCCCAGCCUGCUAAGAACACAGCCAGUGACUGCGAUGGGGGCCCGUGCCCGUGCCCGGGGCGGGGGGGUGGGGGGGGGUUGCGGCGCACAGGACGGGCUCGGUCUCAGAUGUGUCCUACCUGCUGCUCUGAUCCCCGGUUUGGAAAACUGAUGUGUGCCCAGACGCUGACUGCCCGCUUGUGCCUUCGUCUCCUCGGAGGCAUACUCCCCCACUCUGGCCCCCCACGGCCUCUCUGGGGCUGCUAGACGCACUCCCCUGACCAAGACCCCCCACCCCACACCCUCAUCUCAUGAUGACUCGUAUCUGGGGCCUGCGUCCUGACCCUGGUCCCACACACAGCUGGGACUGGCCUGGACACUGCCCUAGGACCCCUGCCCACCCUGACGGAUGGAAACAGAGACCUGGGAGCUGGGCCUCCCUCCCUCUCUGACACCCACCCUCACCCAAGACUCCAGGACACUCCCCCACCCCCCCACCCCCCGCUGCAGGCCCGCUGCUGGCAUAGCCUGGGCCCAGCGCAGAAACAAAAUGGAAUCAGUAGCUCUUAGAGUUUAAAAAACAAAAAAACAAAUCGUAAAUCAGAGUAAAGUUCCAACAAGCACCUCAGCCAAUUGCAGGGAGAGACUUGGUGUCUGGCCUUUUAAUUCCUCCUCUGCCAGGGUGGCCCUGGGACCUCUAAGGGGGCGUGGUCCCCACCCACGCCCAGGACUGAGCCAUCAGGGACAGACCCCCCACCCCCAAGCCCGCAGCCACACAAAGGUUACAGACUUGGGGCUGGGGCAGGCUCGGACUCAGCCCUGGAGGCCCCAGGGUCAGCCCACCCCGCACCCGCCCCCUCCCCACCGCACCCCUGCAGGAUGGGCCUGCUGCACACCUCUCCCCUCCUCCCGACACCGCACUUGGGGGGUCUGAGCCACCCCCCUCGGCCCAGCUAGGCUCAGACCCACUCCCCCUCUGUCCCCCAGACUGCAGCACAAGCUUUCCCAGCCUCGAGCGGGCCUGUCCUCCCAGGGGCCUGGGCGACCUCCAUAUGCAAUCGGUAGCGAGCAGCUGGGCCCCACAGACACUCAGGCACUGUACGUGCCAUGCCCCCACGACUUUUUGUACUUACUGUAUGAAAGAUCCAAACUAAUAUUGCUGUAAAAAGGAGAGACAAAUUAAUAUAGCUUAUUCUAUAAAUAUAUCUGUAUAUAAAGGUUUCUGUAUAUUGUAUAGAGCUGUGUAUAAACUGGAUGUAGAAGCA